AUGUCCGACUCUGAUUCCGCCCGCCCUGCGUCCCCUGCCAAUGCCGUAGCUAAGCCUCCUGGCGCACAAAUUCGUCGCCGCGCUGGCGCGUCGUCGGCACAGGUCUCGAAACCAAACUCCACACGAGCUGCAGGUGCUGGCGGGUCAUCUAACACCAUGCUCAAGCUCUACACCGACGACUCACCCGGCCUCAGAGUGGACCCGUUCAUCGUCCUCGUCCUAUCGCUCUCUUUCAUCGCCUCCAUUUUCUUCCUACACAUCUCCGCCAAGAUUAUCCGCGCAUUCUCCAAGUAA